UAGAAGUUUAAAGUUUUCGAGUUUUUAUUCACUUUUAAUGUAUAUAUUUUACAAUUGUAUUGAGUACUCUAUAUUCAUAAGUAUAUUUUAAGAAAGAGUAGUAGUAUUCAUUGCGUAAAUGGUUUCGAUAUGAAAAAAAAACCAUACGUAUACCAACACACAAAGUGUGUUUGCUCGACAUUCAUGUUACUUUUGACGUCACUAUAAAAUAAUGUAGUUAAAACUCAACAUUUUUGUUUCCAUUAAAACAUCCAUUUGUACACACUAUUAAUUGGUAUUCUCUAAUAACUAAUGACUGUCUUGUAUCGAUUUCAGUUUUCUUUAAAGACUCUCGUUUUCACAGUUAACCGGGCAUAUAACCCAAGUGAAUAUCCACUAUUGACCGUGACCUGAAAAUAGGUAUCCACUAUACUCGGUAAAUGAUUCUUCACCGACAACGUGCCCUUAUUUUCAUAUCAUCGUCCAGUGAACGAUUUCACAAUUUCCUGUAAUUAAAACGAUCGCCAUUUCGUUCCGAUUACCAGUGCUACUGAGUUAUAUCACUUGUUAUUGAUUUUUUUUUUCCGGUACAAGAAUAAAUGCAACCAAAACGUCAUAGUCACGAUAGCGAGCGACCAAUAACGUGACAUAAUAUUGAGAAAUCCGUGUGUAAAAACAAACCAAAACCAAAAACCAAAACUUUGUAUAAUUAGUGUGACACGGUUCAUUUCAUUCAGCGGAGGUGGAAUACAGCGGGCAUAUGUUGAGGAUUUAUUCGUUGAUCAAAAUGACAGUUUACAAACGGUGUUUGUGUCAAAAGCAUCAUGUGCAUCCUAAUUGGAAUCGAAUUGUCGUCAUGAAUACUGCGUAUUGCGAUGGAUACAAAACGAUUGUUGGCUUUAUUCUGGUUAUCAGCACUAGCGUGCGGCCGAAGAUUAAACGACGAGUACAACAAACAAAACAGCACAAACCGGAAUUUGCCUACAACAUCAAUUGAAAGUCCUGACGAUCUAAGCUCUCGAAGUUAUGGACUUAAAGAGUCAGAACAAGAUUCCCCAGAUGAAUUCAUAACUGAGGUAUCUGACACAUGGAUGCCUACAGAUUCAUCAAAAUCAAAGUCUAAACAACUUCAAGAUCCUGAUAUUGUUGAUUACGGAGAACCAGAAAAUCCAGAACAACUAAAUGAACCGGAAGAGAUGGAUUCAUUCGAAAGACUUAACGAACCCGAAAAAAAUAAAGACGCUAAAGAUGAUAAUGAAGAUUUCGAGCAAGUUAAAAAAGUAAAGGAGGUGUCGAUAAUCUCGUUGAAACCAAAAGAACGCAAUAAAUCCCUAGACCCAAUAAGCGACCAGCAAGGUCGCCCUCCUAUGAGAAUAAUACGACCUAUGAGAGAUUUGAGUAUAAUUGUCAGAAAUCGGCACCAUCCUAUUGUAAUAGCCCGUCAAGUACCUGUUCAUUGGAUACCUCGAAAACAUCCACAUAAACCCCCAUAUCCACAUAAACCACUGCUUCCACAUAAGCCACCACAUCCACACAAGCCAUCGCAUCCACAUCAUCCACUACAUCCACACAAGCCGCUGUAUCCACAUAACCCUCACCAACCUUCGAUGCCAAAACACAAACCAUGUAAGCCAUGUGAUCCUAAAGUUCAUAAGAAACACAAGCCAAAAAAACCAAAAAAAAAACAUAAAAAGGAACACUGUCACCACCCUAAUCCGAAGAAGCCUCAUCAUAAACGACUAUUGUAUUAUGCCCCGAUUCCUACUAAUUCUAUGAACUAUUAUUACGGACCACAAAUGCCGUUGAUUACUCCUAAUAAUAAUUAUGAGGUGGCAGAAAGUCUAGAGAAUGAAGAUGUAGAAAUUGAGACCGAAAAACCGUUUCAUCAAGAAGUCGAAGACGACGUAGAAGAGCAUAGGUUAGCAGAAAUGAGUGAACCUUUCGAUGAAGAGGGCCCCGAUGAAACUAAAAUAAAAUCAUUCGAGAAAAUUUAGAAAGUGAAAAAUGUUAUAACUUUUUAUAUAUGAAAAGAAUUAAUCAAAUUUGCAAUCAAAGUUUAAAUCAGAGUUAUUGAAGUAUAUAUAUAUAUAUAUAUAUAUAUUUAUAUAUUUAUAUAUACUAUCUAUGAUAUUCUAGUAGACACAAAUCUUAUUUAACCAUCGGUAAAACGUUCACAGAAUACGUCAUAUUAUAUAGACACAAUAAUUGUAUAUUCAGUGUAAUUUCUUAAUGGAUCUUAAAAGGAUUUGAACAUUUUUUCUUUUAUAUUUUAUAGAUAGAAUUAAAUUGAAUUUUUUUUUUUAUGUAUAGUUUUUGUGGUUUGUACAUACUUAAAUACUUGUUAGCUGUAUUCGUUAAAAAAAAAAAUUACCCAAAAUAUAAAGCUCGUUUACCGAUAACUCUAAAAGUGAUAUUUAUCUAUACACCUAUAUACUAUUAUAUCCAUAGUUUCAUAUCCUAAGUUUACCAGGUCGGCGAUUAUAGCUAUACGAUUGUCGGGUAGUUACGCAUUAUUUAUUAUUUAAAGUGGUUCAAAUCGUUUGUCUGGUAACACCGCCGGGGAGUGAUUAACGAGGCUGAUCUCGACAGCAAUAUCGUUAUUACACUUUUUCAUAAUAUUACAAUGUUAGGGGUUUGGUAAAAAAAAAAAAAAAGAAGAAGAAAAAACGUCUGAUUUAAAACGAUCACUGCAGUAGCACAAUAUACUGUUUUGCUCUGUGAGUGAUGUAUUUAUUUUCGUAAGUGCAUAAUACAAUAAUAAUAAUUUCGCGGCAUUGUUUUACAUAAUAUUACAAUAAUAAUAAUAUAAUAUUAUAAUUUGCUUUAUACGUUUAUUUCGCUUCCGUUUCCUAGCACUAUUAUCAUAAUAAUUAUUUCGUUACUCGCGUACGCUUAGUAAUAAUUAAUGUGAC